CGGCCGUGCAUACCGGGCCGGACGGCGAAUAUUCGGGUACGUGGGUCGUCGAGGUGUCGUUCCUUCUUCAAACCUUAAGAUGUCGGGGCGUGAACAACUGGAUAAUGUCAACCCCACGAUUCAUGGAAAGCUUGAUAAAAGACACAUUCUACCAGCCGAAGAAGAUGAUGAUAUCGACGAUGCCAUCGACACAAGAGAAGUGUUUGAUUUGAUCAGAAACAUCAAUGACCCUGAGCAUCCUCUGACAUUGGAAGAGUUGAAUGUUGUGCAGCAAGCUGAAUUAGAGGUUGAUGAUCCUGGUAAUGUAGUGAAAGUGACCUUCACCCCCACCAUUCCUCAUUGCAGUAUGGCUACAUUGAUUGGACUUGCCAUUAGAGUGAAGCUUAUCAGGUCAUUGCCUUCUAGAUUUAAGGUUGACAUCAACAUCAAACCAGGAACACAUGUAUCAGAAAAUGCAGUAAACAAACAACUUGCGGACAAAGAGCGAGUAGCUGCUGCACUGGAAAAUAAUCAUCUUCUUGAAGUGGUAAAUCAGUGUUUAACCCAAAGAGACUGAGAUGGAUGUUGUAGGCUGUGAGAGUUGCUGCUUCAAUGGAGCAACCCAUAUUUCAGUUGUCUGGAGACUAUAGAAUGAUUGUUAUAUACUCAUGCUGAAGUGAGCUGAUUGCCCUCUCAGAAAGACAUUGCAUAGUGACUAGUGACUGUGAGCCUACUCGGAUAAUGUGAAAGACCGAUGUAUCUAAACCUGAACUUAUGGAUAAUAGCCUGCUGGAGUAAUGAUAUGAGGUGGAGCAUGGAGUUUGUUUCUCCUUGGUCAAAGAUUUUGCAGGACCUUAAGAUCAAAGUAGAACGUAGAGUGAUUAAUAAAACGAUGAUAGUGGUGGAAGAGAUGAGUUUGUAUGAUCCGUGAUAUUUGGUCUGGAUUCAUGUACUUCCGUAGAAGAAUCAGCACAUUAAAGCAAAUUCUCAACUCUUAACAGACUACUUUCAAAUUCAGACUUUCAACCAUUCAAAACCUGAGACCCAAUUACAAAUCUAAGUAUCUAACCCUAUAUCAUUGAUAUUAUUGAAGACACAGGCCUUAGAUUAAGAUAUUUUUAGGGCACUGCCACUUUUCAGUAGUUCAUUUUUUGUCUCACCUGCAUAGCAGAGUGAGACUAUAGGCGCCGCUUUUCCGACGGCGACGGCGGCGGCGUCAACACCAAAUCUUAACCUGAGGUUAAGUUUUUGAAAUGACAGCAUAACUUAGAAAGUAUAUGGACCUAGUUCAUGAAACUUGGCCAUAAGGUUAAUCAAGUAUUAUUGAACAUCCUGCCUGAGUUUCAUGUCACAUGACCAAGGUCAAAGGUCAUUUAGGGUCAAUGAACUUAGACCAUGUUGGGGGAAUCAACAUCAAAAUCUUAACCUAAGGUUAAGUUUUUGAAAUGUCAUCAUAACUUAGAAAAUAUAUGGACCUAGUUCAUGAAACUUAUACAUAAGGUUAAUCAAGUAUCACUGAACAUCCUGCAUGAGUUUCACGUCACAUGACCAAGGUCAAAGGUCAUUUAGGGUCAAUGAACUUUGGCCGAAUUGGGGGUAUCUGUUGAAUUACCAUCAUAACUUUGAAAGUUUAUGGAUCUGAUUCAUGAAACUUGGACAUAAUAGUAAUCAAGUAUUACUGAACAUCCUGUGCAAGUUUCAGGUCACAUGAUCAAGGUCAAAGGUCAUUUAGGGUCAAUGAACUUUGGCCAAAUUGGGGUAUUUGUUGAAUUACAGCCAUAAAUUUGAAAGUGUGUUGGUCUAGUUCAUAAAACUUGGACAUAAUAGUAAUCAAGUAUCACUGAACAUCCUGUGCGAGUUUCAUGUCACAUGAUCAAGGUCAAAGGUCAUGUAAGGUCAAAGAACUUUGGCCACGUUGGGGGUAUUUGUUGAAUUGCCAUCAUAUCUCUAUAAGUGUAUUGGUCUAGUUCAUAAAACGUGGAAAUAAGAGUAACCAAGUAUCACUGAACAUCUUGUGCGAGUUAUAGUAGUUUUCAAAAUCAGCACUGCUGCUAUAUUGAAUCGCGUGAUGCAGGUGAGACGGCCAGAGGCAUUCCACUUGUUUAUAUUACACAGCACAAAAAAGGGCUCAAAAAUUCUUCAAGGCCAAAUGAGAGGGGGCAGUGAGGCCAAUCCAAAUGGCAUCCACACUGAGACAGAACAAAGUAUAUCGGGCUACUUGCGUUAAUGCAUUUUUCUUAGUUUUACUGGGCUCUUUGAGGGCAGGAUAUGCGAGGGAGGGGGGUCAAUUUGCCCCCCCCCCUUUAGAUCUUGGCCACUGAUUGAGUGAUCGCUGCAAACAUUUGCAUACACGUAUAGUCAGAUGUAAACGACAAGAUUGUAUUGUAACAUUUUCCAAACAAAUUGUUUAGAUUUUUUUUAAGAAUAGAUUAUGCAAAUACGCAUAUGGAAUUUGACUUCAGUGUUUUUUUUUUUAAGUAUGUUUUUGCCUUCAACUCACUUUGUAGUAGAGUUUGAUUUGGGGUGAAAAUAUGAAUUUCUACAUUUCCAACAAUAAUGAUGAACUUUGUCAAGGAUAUUUUGCGUUCAUAAAUUGCAUAAAAUAAAUCCAUUUAAACCUGCCAAAGUAAAAAUAAUCACUCAUGAUAUUUUUUGUUGAAAACACAUUUUGUAUUAACUUUGUACUGAAAAUCAUGUUUUUGAGCAAUUUCAGCAUGAACUCACAAAAUGUUGCGUUAUUUUUUUUUACCCGGGCGUCGCAAAUUUGGUCUCAAAAGAUGCACAAGACUUGAAAGUCAAAAGUCACCUAGCAGUGUGAAAUAUUUUGUGCUGCGGCUUAGUGAUGAAAUUCGUUGAGGGGGUGAAAUUGGUCAAUCCCCUCCCCAGUUGGAGGAGGGUUGGACGCUAAUAAAUGGGAGAUUACAGUUAAUCGGUAGAGGUAAAAAAAAAACUUUACCAAAAGCUUCUUAAAUUGCACAUUUUGCAUCUAUAAAUCCAUGAAAUGGUCAUUUACAUUGCAUAUUUUCUUGAAAUUUAUUUGAUUUAGUUGAAACUAACAAGAAGAAUUUGAUAUUACACUCGGUAAAUAUUGUCUCACAUGUCGACUUUCAAUAACUGAAAAUGAUUUUUGAUGGUUUUUGAUCGUUUAACACUCUGUCAACACCAUGAAAGUGUAUAUGUGGGACUACAAUAUGUAUCAAGUGUAACAUCACAAUGAAUCGUCAGAGUCAAGAUAGAAGUGAAUAUUCUUCAUUUUUUCAGUAGUUACCAACUAUAUCAAAACAAUUUCAAGGAAGUAUGGAUAUUAGAUGGCCAUUUCAUGAAUAUAAAGAUGUAGAAUGGGAAAUUUCAGUACCUUUUUUGAAAGGUUUUUUUCAUCCCUAAACCCUAGAUACAGUUAAAUGGUUUGAAAAAUAGGUAAAUGUUUAUGCUUUGUUUGAACAUCGUUUAAACAUCGUUUAAAUAUUUUGACUCGGCCCUGAUAUCCACUGUUUAUUUUUAUGUACAUGUUAAUGGCCAGGUUGAGGUAAUCGUCAUUGAUAAAAUCUUGCAAUUAAUUUUGAAUUUUUUAGAUUUCAAUUUUCUUUGAUUUAGCUCCUUUUGAAAUGAAACCUUAGUCAAAUGUCAAUUUAUGCCUAAUCAAAGAUAUGUAGCAUCAUUAUAAUACUGCUGGGACAUGAGACAUCUUUUCUUUACAUCGUAAUCUACAUGUGUAAGCUAGUUUUUAUGAAAUUUCACAAAGUAAUUAUAUUAUUUAACAAUUAGGAAUUAAACUGCAUAUUUAUUCAUGAAAACAUAUUUAACAUCAAAUUUCACCUGAGUAAAAAAAAAUUGACACCGUUUUACAAGUUGUGUGCCAUCGCAAUGCUAUACCUGUAUGUCAUGAAUAUGCAUAUUGAGUUUCUUAUCUAGGGUCUACAAAUGCAUUAUGUGACAUCUGUAAAUUUAACUGUACUACAUGUAUAUAUAAUUAAAAUGAAUAAAUAUAAUAAAGCACAUGAUUGUAUUUCGUA